AUGCCUGAAAUGCAGACAAAAUGGGGCCCAGCUUGGACAAGAAGGGUCGUGCUGUUCGCGAUCUUCUGGGUCUCUGCAUACCUGCCUGUCCGUGGUGUCUCCCUACCCCAGCGCCUCCCAAGGGCCACAGCAGGAAAUAGCACUCAAUGUGUUGCCUCUCCAGCCUCAGAGUUUCCCGAAGGGUUCUUCACGAAGCAGGAGAGCACAGACGGAGGCAUAGUAAUCUACUUCCUCAUUAUCCUCUACAUGUUCAUGGCAGUGUCUAUCGUCUGUGACAAGUACUUCUUGCCCUCCCUGGAAAUCAUCAGUGACUCCCUUGGAUUGUCACAGGAUGUUGCAGGUGCAACUUUCAUGGCAGCAGGUAGCUCCGCCCCUGAACUAGUUACCGCCUUCUUGGGUGUAUUUCUCACAAAGGGAGAUAUUGGUAUCAGCACCAUUCUAGGAUCUGCCAUUUACAAUCUUCUUGGCAUCUGUGCUGCAUGUGGCUUGUUAUCAAACAUGGUUUCAACACUCUCAUGCUGGCCCCUGUUCCGAGACUGUGCAGUGUACACAGUUAGUGUAGGAGCGGUUUUUGGCAUAAUAUUUGACAACCAAGUUUACUGGUAUGAAGGUACACUGCUGCUGCUCAUUUACGGGCUGUAUGUUUUACUGCUGUGUUUUGACACUAAGAUCAGCCAAUAUGUCAUGGAGAAAUGCAGCCCCUGCUGCCCCUGCCUUGCCAGAGUUAUGGAAAGAGGUGAACAGCAGACACUGCUGGGAUGGGAAGAUGAGAGCCAGCUCUUCACUCGCCGCCAAUCAAGGACAGACAGUGGAAUAUUUCAGGAAGACUCUGGUCACUCCCAACUUUCUCUAGGUUUACACGGUCUUAGUCAUAUUUCUGAAGAUCCACCAAGUAUUUUCAGCAUGCCUGAAGCAGACUUAAAAAGAAUUUUUUGGGUACUCUCUCUUCCUAUUAUUACAUUACUUUUUCUGACAACACCAGAUUGCAGAAGAAAGUUUUGGAAAAAAUACUUCGUGAUAACCUUUUUCAUGUCUGCACUAUGGAUAUCUGCAUUCACUUACAUCCUGGUUUGGAUGGUCACAGUAACAGGGGAACUACUAGGGAUCCCAGACACGGUAAUGGGCCUUACUUUAUUGGCAGCAGGUACAAGCAUACCAGACACAGUCGCCAGCGUGUUAGUUGCCAGAAAAGGUAAAGGAGACAUGGCUAUAUCUAACAUCGUGGGAUCCAAUGUGUUUGAUAUGCUAUGCCUAGGUCUUCCCUGGUUUAUUAAGACUGCAUUUACCAAUGCAUCUGCUCCUGUGGAAGUGAAUAGCAAGGGCCUCACUUACAUAACCAUCUCUCUCAACACUUCGAUUAUUUUUUUGUUCUUAGCAGUUCAUUUUAAUGGCUGGAAACUAGACCGAAAGUUGGGGGUGGUCUGCCUAGUGUUAUACUUAGGACUUGCUACCUUAUCAGUUCUAUAUGAACUUGGAAUUAUUGGAAGUAACCGAAUAAGGGGCUGUGGAGUUUGAUACUUUUAAUAGUGUUAUGUGGGAAAGGUGGAAAUGGUAGAGGGACAAAAAAGGAAAAACAAAACAAACAAAAAAGAAAAACCAGGUCUUCAUUUAGGUCAAAUAAGAAACAUCUUCAACUUUAGAAUGUAAUACUUAAUUACUAUUCUUUAUAAGCAGAGAAAAGUAAUUUAAACCAAACCAAAAUCAUAUCCUAAUUUGUCUGAGCCCUUUCUUUUCAUUAACAAUUAGAUACAAAGCAGAGAUUUUUUUUGGGGGGGUGGGGGGACGUCAACUUACAGUAAGAUUGGGGAAAUUAAAACAAACCCUACUACUGGAAACAACAAAAUGCCUGCUUAUUUCAUUAAAAAUGGUGUGUCCAUCCACUGAAACUCAAUGACCAGACUUGCCAACUUUAGAAACGCAAACUUGAGAUAACGAAAAUCACAGUAUAUUUUUCAACAUUAUACUGUUAAA